CACAUAUCAUUUUCAAUUGUGGAAACUUGAAUUUAAGGAGCAGAACUCCCAAGUUUCAUCUUCUUCCUCGGAAGCUAUUAGAUGGUACAAAGUUUUCAGACUAAUGUUCCAUGGCCUUUUAACAUAAAUUAAUGUAUUUCCCUACAGACGUUUACGAAUGACGAAUGGAAAAACUUGGUGGAAAUCGAAUAACACAAAUAAUUAUUCUUUUUUAACCACGAAUUAGAAAUCCUUGCAUCAACGACGCAAGUAUUAAAAAACCGAGUUCCAACAAACUCUCUUUCUCUCUCUCUCUAUCUCUCUCUCAAGUCCGUACAAAGUCAUCCAAUAACCAUUACCAUCUCGUCCUUUUCCUCUCGCCUGCACGGAUCCCAUAAUUACCUCGAUAACACGACACGUUAUUAUCCCUUAUUAUCGGAGGAACUCGGCCGUUAAAGAGCACGAAAAUCCAAUACACGACAUGAAAUAUUCCUCCCGUUACUCGGUUCGAGAUACGCGUUGCGCCCGCAGAUGCGGCACGCACGCUCCCGUAAUCCUUCCCUGACACCCGUAAUGGCCGGAAUCGUGAAUUCAAUUGCCUCCUGAAUUGGAUGCAGUCGCGGGCCGCCGGCUCAAGGCACGUACGUAGAAAUGAAUGCCGGCUCGGUGCAUCCGUCGUGCACCCGAGACAAAGAAGCGGCCUGUGAUUGCGGCGGAGAGAAAGAUCCUCCGACCGGACGGCGGCUUACGACGGCUCGUUCCCGUUCGCAAGUGCUCGAGCACGGAGAGGAAAUUCGAGAGCGCGGCGGAUGGAUGCAAAGAUGCUUCUUGCUCUCUUGUUUAAACGAUGAUUGGAUUGUGCUUUGCUGAGCUGUUGAUUCGGUUAGGGAUGCGUUGGAUACACGUGGAUACGGUUGGAGAAUGGAUGCGGUUGGUACGCGGAAGUAAACAGUUUCCGAUAUUUGGAGCUCGAUUUGGAUGCUAGGAAAUUUCGGAGAGCGGAGGUUUGGAAGUUGGCCAGUGUUGUCGUUGAAGUGGUUAUGGUAUGGGCAGGGUGGGUUUGCUUCGGUUCGGGUUUGAUGAGAAUUUGUGCGUGUUUUUUUUUUCUCUUUUUUAUUUUUUUACGUGGUUUCGAUCGAUCGCGUUUGCGUUGUUGUUGGUUGAAAUUUUUUUGUCGUCUUUCCGCGAUAUUCUAAAGGUUGAUUUUAGGAGCAGUCAGUUUUGGAGAACUGUUACAAGCCUUUACCGUCUUUCUUUCGAUCAAUUCAUACUUGAAACGCAGAUUGAAUAUAUUCAUGAAUGAAAAUGUAAAUUCUGAUCGAAUAAUUUUUGGAAAGAAGUUUUGAAGGUGAAUCGGAAGGGAGAUUGACAGUUUACGAUUUAGAAUGCAAAUUGGCAGAUGGAUGGGCUCAAGAAGAUGCAACAUUUCAGAACGGUUAACAGAAUGGUUUACGUUGCGGAGAACGUAGGUGGUGCAGCAACGGCUGGAUGUAGGCUACCAAUUGACUGUUUUGAAGUCCCAUUCACGGGGACGUUCGUAGUGAAUAGAGUGAUUAGAGUGAAUCUAAGAGCCUCACCACCCACUUAAGUUCGCGUCUGUAAGGUCAGUCACGCAAUUCUUCCCAUUCAACCCUAACGGAAAUACCAAUCUUAAUAACCCUUCCUCCACAAACUUAAGAAAAAAACGUUCGUUGGAAAAUUUAAUAUAGGAUAAAUUUAGAAUUGACGUACGUACAUUUCAGUUGAAAUGAACUUAAUGAAAUAAAAGAAUCUUUAAAAAAAUCUUUAAUCUUAAAUUAAUUUAGCAUAAAUCAGGACAGAAAAUUAAUCGCAUCGAUCAGAGAUUCAAAUCUGCACAAAAAUGCAACUAGAAUAAUUUUGUCACGUAUAAUAUAUCUAUUGUAAUCUCGAAGAGAUUUUAAGAGAGAAUAAUGAAUUCGGUAGGACUGAUCGUAAUGAUACAUAAUGAAACGAGAGUGGAAUUUCAUUGGAACUUUUUAAAAAUGUCCCCCUCCCUUGGGGGUUGAUGAAGAUAUUCAAAUUGAGCGUGUAACGCGACACGAGGAACAUCGUACUGAAAAUUCUAUCUAAACUUUUCGAAAUUAUUUUAAAAAACGUGUAAAAUUUGUUUAAUCUUCUACCCUUCGUUAAAACCGUAAAUAAAUCUUAUUUUUAUUAAAAUUUCCUGAAAUUUCUUCCUUCUUCGAGCUUUCCUUUUGCUUGAAAAUGAAAUUUGAAUUAUAAAAAAAAAACGUGCAAUAAAAUUAAAUCAUAAUUACACUAUAAAAAAAUAAUUAUAAUUUAUUAUCUAAUCUUGAAAGACGAUCACAUUGUAACACGUCGCUACAAGUCUUCCUGGCAAUUUCCAUUCGCUGGUGAAGACCUAGGAGUGCCAGCGCACGAUAUCGUUUGAAUCCAACUAAAUCUAACCGAUCAAUACAGGCAGUACACAGAGAGAAACUUUUCUCGGAUGGAAAGGGGGCGGAGGCGGAGAUGAUCGUUCGCAUUUAUUAUCAGCAUCGUUACGUUUCUAUCGGUUGGAGAUAAAUUAAAAAAGAUAACGUGACAUAACGUAGGCACGUAGCUGUGUAAGCUGACACCGUGAGCUCAUCGUUCUUUCAGCUCCACGAGACGAGCGUACCGCCCACUGCGAGACAAAAAGGACAUUCUUCAUUUGACGAAACAAGUAGAACAAAACUGGUUUUCGCAGAGAAUCUCAUGGCUCAACGAGUGGAGCCGCGUUUCGUUUAUUUAAUAAGGAGGGUGAUUCGCCAUUCAUCUCGCUUCGAUCAUCUCUUACAGAAUCAUUUUAGAGAGGAUAAAAAAUAUUCGGUCGUACGCUUACACGUCGUAAGCUUAAUAAUUAGGAAGAUUAUUCUCGUUCUCCUAAGGAUUUUUAUUAUUAUUAUUAUUAUUAAGCGUUCGUUGAUCGAUUAUUACUUUUUUUUUUUUUUGAUAGAUGACUUGACUUUUAUUCGAGCAAUUUUGUAAAGGUGUUGACUCUUAGGGACGUAUAUUUGAAAUAACGUUUAACGAGGUAAAAGGAAGCGUGGAAUAUGAGUAAAAUAAAGUGAGGGUAAUUGGAGAUGGGGGUUGGAUGCGACUAGAUAAUUAGAUUUACUCUGAAAAUUUCCUCAAUUAAGAAACUUCCACGUUAUAGUUUUCAACGGGGAGAUGGUAAUCAUUUUCUGGUGAAACUGUGUCUUUGCUCGGGGAAAAUUUUGAACGGAGCAGAAACGAUAGAACUUUGUGGUAAAAAUAUCACUCAAAAAUAAUCUUCUUUAACAUCCAAAUAUAUAAGAAAAGAAAAAUUGAAACAACAAUUUGGAUAAUCUAUUCCAAAAUAUUUGAACACAUUUUUACUAAAAGUUAAACAAGAUCGAAAGCAACGAACGAAACGAAAUGAAAAGUUUCAGAAGAAACGAAGAAUCCAAUCCAUACGAAUUUUCGUGUUUCGAGAUACAGCAUUUUUUGAAAUUCCAGAUAAUUUUUUAACUCGAGCAAAACACGUUGAGAAUCUCUGGUCUUCUCGCGUCCUUACUUCUUAGUCGGAGGAUCCGCGAAGAGGCGCCACAGGGAUGUCGCUGAGCGAGCUGUCCUCUCGUCUUUCAGCCACUCCCAUUUUCAGCUACCGAGUUACUGCCACUCUGUCAAUCUCACCUGACAGUCGCGUCCAAACGAAGAUACACUCUCGACAAUGAAUAACCCUCGCCAUUCACCUUGUCACCGGGAGGAGAGGAAAAGUUGCGUCGUUUGUAUCCCACGAUAUUGCGAACGCGAUCACUCUUGAAAAUUAGUUCUACGAACUCGUUGAAUACUGAAUUUCAAUGGGCUCGCCUCUUUCGAGGAUAAAGAAAGGGAUACGAGGGAUAUUCGAUCGGAUAUUCGAGAAAUUUGUCUUCUUCGAAAGUCAGAUUGUAAUUUGCGUUAAAAUUAUCGUUUCGAUAAAUUAAAAAAAAAAUAAAGUGCGAGUUCCUCUUUGAAGAACUGCUAGGAUAUUACAAUGCGAUACCGGCACUUGGAAAUACCGUAUUUAGCUUCAUAACAGGCGCAAAGUAAAGCCAACGUAAUUCAGGGCUUAAAGUGUUAAACUAUAGUUCAAAACCGUGUCUCUUCACUUUCUAGCGUAGAACCAGUUUGCAUGUAAUUCUUGCGUGAAAUUGCCUUUUAAAUAUUUACGUGCGAUUGUUAAAACAAUUUUUUUUUUAUCUUAAAAACCACCCCUAUGCAACAUAUCUUGUAUAAAUGCUCUGAUAUAAAAUUUCACAAAUUUAUUUUUCAUUUUCAUUUCACCUUUCGCCCUCCUCGGCGAAAGCUUUGAUGAAAACUUUUCCAAAACACGUUCCUUUAUAAAUGUGCACACAUUAUAAAACUCUGUAACCGCCUCUUUCGCGUCAAUUACGCUCCAAUUAAAUUUCACCCCUGUGUGAAGCCUGUCCACGAAACGAGGGUAGAGAAUCGCGUGGCGCGAGGCGAUUCCCCAUUAUUCCUCGAUAAAACCAUUUUUUUUUUUUCACUUCACCUAUAUCCCGAAGAGAGGUUGAGGUAGCCCGGCCGUCUCAUUUGAAUAAGACAAAUGAAGACAUCCGGGAGACACGAGAACGAUGAAGCUGAUAGCCGAGAUUGAGCCGAGGAUCACCUACCGUGUGCACGAUGCAUCGAACCGUACCGAUUGAUUACGAUCGUUACGAAGACAAUGGUGGAUACGAAUUUGCUCUCCAACGACGACCAUUUCAACUUUGGAACCGAGCGAAUUAUCUCGAACGCUCCAUGACUAAGAAUCGUUCGAAUUUCGUCACUCUGAAAAUCUAUCCCUUUCCAUCAUCAUCCACGUCUCCGUUUCUUUAAGUUUCACGUCGCACAUAGAAUAGAUUCGAACUUAAUUAUAUAUAGGAUAGAUAAAUACGCUCCUGUUAUUACUCCUUAAUAUACAUUAAGAAUAAAUCUCAUUUAAAAUCUUGUUUAGCUAUUGAGCUUUAUUUUUUAUUUUUCGCGGCCGAUCUUUCUUUCUCAGAAACGACGAUUCCUCUCGAAUCUCGAUAAAAUCUUCUGGAUAAGUAAUUAGAUUUCUCCAACGUCAUGAUCCAAACAUCGUAUCCUGGUUGAAUUAAAAUUCGAUUCGAUUACGCAACAAUUCUUCCUCUUCCCUAGAGGUAUAAUUUGUCUUGCGGGUGAGGCAACGUGUUAAAUAGGGGCUGGAAAGUGGCUGCAGGUGCUGUUAGGUGGUUCGUGACUCGACGCGUUAACCCGGCAGCGUGGCGGUUUUCGUGGUGGCGUGUGGAGAGCACGCGCUCCUCCUUCGUGUUUGCGAAAGGGUAACGUUUUCUCGAGAGAGCGACGCGAAAAUGUAUGUAAUUGAGAUACGAAUGUGGAUUCUGCGAGAUAGCCAAGCGGUGCUGUGCUCUCGAAUUGCCGCUUUACCGACUGCCUCUACGUUGAAACACGGCUGGGAUCGAGAGGAUCCCGUCGCAACGGAAUCGUUAUCGCGGACAGCCUCGGAUCCGGAGGGGUAUAAGUUUGUUUACACGAAACACGCGUCGAACAACUAUGUUUUGUACAAGAGUGACAAUAUUUCCUCUCGACUCUUUCAUUUUUCAUCCUAUUCUCGAAUGGAAUUUGUACAAAGCCCGUUGUAAUAUCCCACGGUUCGCUAGAGAGAGAAAGAGAGAGGAAGAGAGAGAGAGAGAGAGACGCGAGAAACUGGAUUUUUCCAUGUCACGUUCUUGAUAAAUAUUUCUCGGUGAUAGGAGAAUCGAGGAAGAUAUUUCACGCGCAUCGCUUACACCUUUCGAAUCGAUGUGCAUGAAGUGGUUGAAAAAGAGGAUAGGUCUUCAAUUAGAAAUCACUGCCUCUAUCAGCAAAAGAAAAAAUCUGAAUAAAUGAAGAAGAUGAUGGAACGACGUCGAUUUUAAUCAUUCUCAUAUUUACGAUAUCAUUAAUUUAGAAUCCGUGCCAAGUACCUCUGUUGCUACCUUGCUCGCCAUUCGUCCUCGUCUUUCAUUUCUACGACUUCAUUUUCACAAUUAAAAUCCUGAAACAGAGUCAUUUUUCUCGUCGUAAGAGGAAUCAACAUCCACCCUUACCGCUUGUCUUGCCUGGCGCGCCUCACAGAGACGACAGGUGGGAAAGAAGAUUUGCCUCGAUCAGAGGGAAGGCGAGAGCAUUCGAUACGCUUCGAGACGUGCGCUGCGCGAAUGAAUCGUGUUUCCGAUUGUUACCGUGUAUAAAACCGGAAUGCAUCCGAAUCCACCCCCUUGCGGAUCGCGGUGGUAGGGAAGCGUAGUAGGGGGUGAGAAGAGGGGGAGCAGGACGAUGGGGGUGCAGGUGAGAAGGGAGGGGAUGCCACGUUUCUGCGCAACUCCGAUUCCGCGUUUCUCCCCUGUCCCUCGCCAUCUGCUGGAAGCUGGACGAGUGAGGAGAUGUAUUGAACAGGCUGAAUGCGCGUGCAGAGAUGCGCGAGUAUCCGCGAAUUCCCGGCAGCACGGGGCCGCAGUCCGCACAAUAAAGAAAAAAAUUGCCACGGAGUUGGAGGGACGGAGAGGCGGAGCGGCAGAGAGGAGAGAGAGAGAGAGAAAGAGAGAAGGAGAGAGAGAGAGAGAGCGAGUGCACACCGUCCUAAUCCUCCUGGACGCCGAAGAGGCAGACUCGAUUAAUAGUCACGGUCGCGAGAAGAGAAACGACGUCGUCCUCGUGCGCGCGGUGGUUCGGGAUGAGACGGCCACCGUUGUUACUUUAAGCGGAGCAUCCGGAACGGAGAGCAUCCACCGUUCAAUGGGCCACACCGCGUCCGCCGAUUAUCGUCCCGAGUGAAAACACGUUUCUCAAUUUGUGACGCCGACGUUUAUAAUAUAAAUCGUAAUAAACCCCUCCCUCGACGCUUCUUCCAUCCGUUGUUCCUCGUCGAGUCGAGGCGAGGCGAGGCGAGGCGAGACGCCACCUCUGUUCGCGCGUGAGUCGAGUUCGUUUCGGUGGAUCGGGAGCAGCAGCAGCAGCAGCAGCAGCGGCAAGAAGCUAGCUAGGAAGCUAGCUAGGAGAGAGACGUCGGAUGAGAACAAUGAGACCAGGGGGGAUCCUUCUGUUGCACCUACUUCUUCUGUGCAUAUUUUUCCUCGCCUCCGAGGCGAGGCUCGCUCAACAGGCAGCCGACGACGACGACGACGACGACGACGAUGACUGGGACGACGAGGACGACGAGGACGACGAAACGGACGAGCAGGGUUAUCAGUCGAAGCCCGAGGUGGACGACGACGGUCGUAUAUACAAGAACCCGAGGAAUUCUCCGUCGGCUGUUUGCCCUAGGGACGAGGGCCAGGCGGAUUUGUUGGGUCAGAAGUGUCUUCGAAAGUGUUCCACGGACGAGGAUUGCAAGAGCAAGAAGAAGAAAUGCAGAUGCGACGGUAUUUGCGGGAUGUCUUGUAUCAAGCCAGAGAGAGAGUGCCCGGUGCUGAGCGACAUCCAGCACGGUGUAAUGACGAUGACAGGGAAGUUUUUCGGCGAUCGGGCGCAUUACACCUGCGAUCCUGAUUACUACACCGUUGGCUUGACCGAGAGAACGUGCAGGGGCGACGGUAAAUGGACGGGAACGACUCCUUCCUGCAAGAAAGACGCGAGUUCCUUUUGCUCUCAACCGCCCAAAGUGAAAAACGCGCGACACAACGCGCCCGCCGAGCAGACCACCUUUGAUCUGGGCAGCGACGUUCAGUAUUCCUGCGAUCACAGGUAUACAACUUCCGGGAUUAGGAAGGCGAAGUGUUUGAUGAUGGACAGCGUUGCUAGCUGGUUCGGGCCUGAUAUCACAUGCGAGCCGAAAGUCUGUGGACCUCCCGCGGAUAUCGCGAACGGAUGGCACGCCGGUGAAUGUUACACGUACGACUGCCGCGUGUCGUAUCACUGCGCGGAUGGCUACGAAUUGGUUGGCAAAGCGGAAAAAUUGUGUUUGGAGGAUGGCACAUGGACUCCCAAAGAAUCUCCACAAUGCGUCCAAGUUACAACGGUGCAAUGCCCGAAACCGGAGAAUCCAGUGAACGGGAACGCGGUGUACACCUCGUAUGCAUACAAUUCGAUCGUGUCGUACGAGUGUAAGUACGGAUACACGGUGGUCGGCGCAACGACCAGACGUUGCGGGGCAGAUAGAAAAUGGACCGGAAAGACACCUACCUGCCAGGAGAUUAAUUGUGGUUCACCUGGUGUCCUGUACAACGGUUGGAUCGAGAAUAUCGAGGCGGGUACCGGCCUUGGUGCGAGCAUAAUUUUCCGGUGCAACGAUCACAUGAAACUCGAGGGAAAUACCUCGUCUGUCUGUCAGAUCGACGGAAAAUGGCGUUACCCGGUGCCUCAAUGUCUCGCCCCGUGCGUGGUCCCGCAGAUAGAGAACGGCAACAUCACGGUGGCAAGCCACGACAGGGACCACAUCAACAACGUGACCGUGGUCGAGCACGGUGAGAGAUUGCUGGUCUCGUGCGAGGAGAAUUACGAAUUCGCGGCGAACAGCACGCCGGUGGUUUGCAAUAAUGGCACGUGGUCCAUUGUUCCGAGUUGCUCGCCGGCCAGGUGCAAGCAGCUGCCUAGAUCGCCGAAAAACGGAAUGGUGAUAGCGCCCAAGACCGAUCACGGGAUGAAGGCGGUGUUUAAAUGCAAGGACGGGUUCGAGAUAGUCGGUGGUGGGCCGUUGAACGCCUCGUUGUCGGUCGAGUGCCAAUACGGCAACUGGAUCGGAGACAUUCCCCAUUGCAACCAAGUGUUCUGCCCUUUUCCCGGUUUCAUCGAGAACGGGAAGGUGUUCUUGAUGGGCAACAUGGGUGUCUACGAUUACAGGCCCUACGUCAGGAAGGUUGUGAACAACAAGCAAAUUAUGUACGAUUGCGACAAAGGUUACGUGUUGGACGACGGACCCACGGGGGCAACAUGCAUCGGGGGCAGUUGGCAUCCCAAAGAGUUGCCCAAAUGUAUCCCUGGACAACAUCCCAGGCUCAGAUGGAGCAGACGUAGAAGGUCUGUGAACGAGGAGGAUCUCACUAUGAAUUACAGAAAAUUUAUCGAGUUCUUCCGCAAGAUCGGGAAGAAGUUGCUGCAUCUGGAGAUGAACAAGGGCAAGGAGCAUUCGAAGCACAAACUCGAAUCGAAGAAUUCGAACUCGAGCCGUAACGACAACACCACGGAAGCCCCGUCAUGGAAGAAGCAUUCAGGCCACGGGAACAGGUCGCGUCUCCGCGAGGAGAAGAUGAUCGACUUCCUCAAGAUCGUUUAUCGUAAACUGCAACGAAUCGACGCGAGGCAAUCCAACAAUUCCACGAACGGCAGCAUGCACGAUCUCCUGAACGCCAUGAGCAAGAACUUUUUCCACGUGGAUCUGUCCGAAUCUAGGCGAAACAAUUCCGGAAGAGGUCGUUCGGACUUCGAAAUACGAAAUCAAAGGGAAUUCAUCAAAUUGAAGAGGGAGUUCGAGAGAAUAAUGCGAUUCUACAACAAGUCGAUGCGUUGGAACGAGAAGCAGAAUCGGAAGGAUUCGAAAAGGAAGGGCCAGUCUCACGGAGACAAGGGGAAGAAAUCGAAAGACAAGAAGAAACACCGUAAGAAUUAUUACAAAGGAUUCUACGAGUUUGUGAACAGUUACGUGACGGAGAAGUUGUCCAUGUUAGAGAAUCGAAACGCAACCGAGGAGUUGAUGAAGAAUAUGAAGAUCGACAAGUUCACCGUACGUAACGGAACAACGUUCACAGUGGGCGAGAUGUACGCCUUCUUCAAACAUAUCAUAGAAGCCAAAUUGAACGACACGACGGAAGAUGUUACGGAAGCAUCUACGACCGUGUCUUCCACGUCUACGAGCGCAACCUCCACCGCCAUUCCUAGCAUUGGUAACAGCAGCAGCGGUGGCACAGUGGCGCCACCUAGCACCGCGUGGACGAGCAGCAGCACGACCACGACGCCGGUGACGGUGGGAAAGGAGAUCGAGUCGAGGAAUAAUCGAUCUUCUGUGAUUCCUCGCAACGAGUCCUCGGUGCUAGACAACGAGAUUCCUGCCAAAGAAGGAAUGCCAAAGCACCGCAGCAAGCGAAUACGAAACGCAUCGGAGGACAGUGGUCCUCCCCGUCAGAAGAGAAGGCUGUUGUCCCUGAACGACGUGCUGAUGGUGGCCAACAAGGAGAACACCAACGACCUUGUCGAAUCGUCGCCGAGGAGGAGCGGGAGGAAGAGGAUCUCGAAGAGGUCUAGUGCCUACGACGACGAGAAGACCAGGUUGUUCACGUUCAAGGAGUUGGAGGCCCAACAGCAGAGCCGCUCGAAACGAUUCCUGCCACCGUCUGAGCUCGAUAAUCAAAUUUUUUUAAAGAACUUAUAUCUCCACGCUUACGAGGACGAGUAUCGGGCGAACGUGAAACGCUCGAUCGUCCACGCGAAUCGUACGAACGAGAAGCAAGAGCCGGCCGUCUACAGGAGGCGCAAGGGUAACCUGGACGCGUACGAGAUCAAGUGAGACGCGUACGGUUUUCAUUAUUGUGUUGUGAUAAUAUUUGGCGGGAAAUUUACUGAGGUCAUUAAUAACGAUAUCAAUCGAUUUUUAGGCGAGUAUACACCAUAUACGAUAGGAUUAUAAUCGUUGUCCCUCGUCGAUGCGCAUUGUAAGACGUGUAUCGCGCUUUUUUCAAUGAAUCAAUCUUUUUCCAUUUGCCAAGUCUCGGUGUGUGACCCGAUUCUACGGAUCGGGUUCGAUCAUUAUUCGACACUUAUUCGCCGCGAUGUGAGCUGAUAGAAAGUGUUUUUUUUUUUUAUAAGCAAUGUUGUUUGUUUAAGUAUUGUUUUACUUUUGAUUUCUUUGUUUUUUUUGUCCGAUGUGAUCGUUGAUGGUUAAAUGAACGAUUACUGAUGAUGUCUUUUUGUAUAUUUGACGUGAAAAGUAGCGCAGCAUGUAGCGAGAAAAGAAUCCCCCCGAGCAGCUUUGAAAACUUUGUUGAAAAGAAAUGGAUUGAAAGUUUUCAUAGGGUUUUUAAUAUCGACAAUAUUUAAGAAGACUGAUCAACUUCGAAUUUUUAAUUCGUCAUUCUUUCUUCGGUCCAUAGUGAAUGAAAUGAAUUUUCAACGUUGAAUUUUUGAUAAAGAAUUUCAUUACUUUCAUUGAUCUGUGAUAAUUCGUGAAAGCGGUAAUUCUUUUUUUAGCGAGUUAUAGAGUUAAUCAAAACACGUUCAAAGGACGAAAAAGAAAGAGAGGAAAUAAUCAAAACGAGACGACGGGUUUCAGCUGCGAGGGGUGAAAAUAUAUUUUAGAUAUAAAGCAGUCGCUGGAUAUAAUCGGCAGCGCGAGACGUUUAUUUUCGAAGUAGUUGAACAGCUCGCAUCGCAAAAAGUAUUUUAAACUCUUCGAGAAAUUCGUAUUAGUAGAAGGAUAUGUUAAACGUAUUUUAAGUAUGUCGUGGAAAACGCAUUUGAAACGAAGAUGAAAAUAACGAUAAAAUAAGAAAUAAAUAAGAAGAAAAAGAAGAAGAAGAAGAAAAGAAAAAAAAAGAAAGAGAAGAAAACGAGUCAAGAAAAUGGAACACGUUUUUGGAACUCGUUCUCGAUCAAAACGAUCUUCCGUUAUAUAAUCGAUUAAGUUUUCACGAACCGCGAGGCUGUGUUUGUUAAACUAUUAAUAUCGAUUUAAAAAAAUAGGUUUUUUAACUGUUAUUAUCGGAAAGCAUUGUGUGUGUAACGUUGUAUAUAAUACAUUCACGUUGAUUUCACGUAUUUCUCUUCCUCGGUUUGAUACCAAAACGAUAAAAAUAUAUUAUAACGUAUACACGAUCGUAUCAAUACACCCGUCCUCGUCUCUUCGUAAUUAACUUUUACUUACGAACGUUUCAAAUCAACCAAGUACACACAUUCGAACCAUUUGUAUCGAUCGAUCGAUCGAAUUUUGUCACACGUACACACAUCCAUACACAUAUUGCGAAUCAAACUAUACACAAGAUACAUAUUAUACAUACAGUCACACACACACACACACACACAUUCGUGCAUUUUUAUGAAUGACAAGCCAUGAACAAGUAUCAUUAGUGAAUAAUAAGUAUUAUGAUACGAACAAUA